GAAUUCAGGAAGUCAAGAAUUUAAUUCCAGAAACUUGGACUGCAGGCUUGAAUCAUGAAAAAUCUUGCAAAGGAGGGAAUGCCACUUGGAAAUAAGAUAGCACAAGCUUUGAUUUAAGUCAUCACUGCAACAGAAUUUCAGAAUUUAUUGGCUGAAUUCUGAUCUUUGCUUGCUGUUUAGAAAGCUCAUCUUCUCCCAACAAAACGGAAAGACAACAGGAUUGGUACAACCAUCCAGUAGCUGAACAGAUAUCAAACACCAACUUUAGCACUUCCGAUUCCCAAAAUUCAGCUUCAAGGACUCAGUUUAAAAGAAAUCAGAAUGCUACUUGUAAAAGCAUUUCAGUAACCACUCCCUUCUUGAAUUGCUUGAAGAUGUCUUCUUGUUGCUCAUAUGCAGGAGUUACUGAAGUUAAACCAACUGCUGUAUUUCAGUUUCAGUAAUCAACCCAUAAAAUGCUCACAAAUCAGAGAAUCCAAGGGAUUGCAGUUACGUCAAAAUUCAGAUUAAAGGAUUUUAGAAAUCAGAAAUCUUAGUUUCUGUAAUUUCAGAAUUUGGAUUCAGAUUCAGUUAUACUUAAAUUCUGUAGUAACCAUUUUCUCCAAGGCUUUUGAGUCAGUAAGGGGUGGCUUCAUGGAAUAAAUGGAACAUCAAAUGACUAAUGAAAGAGCAAAGAGCUGCACUCGGAAUAUCCACGGAUCAAAUGCUGCAAGGCAAACUUGGCACAUGGCAAUACUUCAAGUUUUUUUUUUCCUAUAAUGCAGUUCUUUUUUUCCCUCAAUUUCGGGUCAUUGCUACAUUUACAUCAAAUUAAAACAUCCUUUUUCAUAUUGAGAUAAGCCUUCCACUACAUUGUAAACAUCCUUCCAAUUUGGUACACAUAUGACUCAAGAAUCCUUGUUUCAGCUCAGAAAUUCAAAACUUCAGAUAAGGCAAUCAGAUUCAAAGGAAAUUCAGGUUUAGAAUCAUUAAAGGCUUGCAAAGGAAAGAAUACCAAUUGACAAUAAGGGAAUAAGAGUUUAACUUUUCACUGAUCACAAACUUGCAGCAAAAGCUUGGCACACAAAUCACAACAUACAGAAUUUUCAGAAACUCCAGUUUCACCACAGACAGUAACAAUAGAGCAAGCAAAUGCAAUCCUUGAUCUCAUGAGGCAGACAUCCAUAUUGUUUGAAAAUGCUACUAGUAUGAUUAGGUAAUCAAGAGAAAAUAGAACCACCAAAGAAACAAGACAGAGCUGAUAACCAAGUAGAGCAGUGGGAUUAACUCACUGAUACUGAUUAGUUUUCCAAUACGGAAUCUAGGAAGGAAUGCUUUCAUACUGUCCAAUCCAUUCCUUCCCUAUGCUGAUCACCAGAUUCUGGAAAAUUCAGAAUCACUGUAUUUUCCAAAAAAAACAAAGCAAUCAUCUGCUGAGCUUGCCCUCCCAUGUAUGAAACUACAAUCUUCAACUUUCUGAAUUCAGCAAUUCCAGCAUUGUCAAUUCCAAAAAACAUAAUUCUAUCUAGUUCCAUUUUGAGACUUAUGAGCCAAUGCAAGAUUAAAGUACCCCAUCCAAGGUAUCCAUCAGCUAGAGUUUCUGUACAAGUGCCCAAUCUCUGUGUUCAUUUUUCUUCAGAAAGAUAUUUCAGGAUCAUGGAACUCAUGGGAAUAUUGCAUGGGUCAAGUAAAAUCAUAGAGCAAAACCUUGAUGCCCAUCUGCAAUCUGGUGAUAAACCUUGGCAUCCUGUUGAUCUUGCAACUAAUGCUAGAACUCUAGUUUGGCAGGUUCAAAGUUUUGUUUUCUUUUUGACUAAAAGUAAUUUGGAAUUACUUCUGGAGAAAAAUUGCAAGUGUUGUAUGAUAUUAUGGAGUUUGGGUAAACUUGCAGCAUGGCUAGUGGACAAGUACUUGAAGUUCCGCCAACGAGUGAAGAUGGAUCAGCUAAUGCUAUUUCUAUUAACCACAGAGGAGUUGAUAUUCAGAAGCCUUUUGUUCAUCCUAAAGGUGUAA